CAAAAGCGGAACAACCCUCUGAUAACAUAACCUGAAGAGGUUGAGCGCACCUUCCGAGUUCUACCUCAGGCAGAACCAGAAAGAGCUCUUUCAUUCGGCCACCUAAUCAUUUUCUCAACUUUGAUCUCCAUCUCUCAUCAACGCUCUUUAUAUUUCCCUAUAGAGCCUCCAUAUCCGCGGUUCGAUCAUCGUCGGUUCCACGACAUGAAGCGUGAGACAGAGCCAGGAUCCCAGCUACGAGACAUACCAUCUACAGCAGAGUUCGCCGAGGAAACGCAGGAUUUAUUCAGCACGGUAACAGGGCAUCAGGCAAAUUAAAGCUACAGUCGGAAAGCUUCGCCGUGGUUCUAUGCCUCUAUUUGAACCGGCCCGAACCUGGUAAUCGAGCGCGACGAUAAUCGUGAUCGCAAUCGCAAGAGAUUCCCAUACCGGACAUAGCCAAUCUUCAUCGUCCCAUUUCUCACACAUCCCUACAAUCAAUCAGUUCUCAUUUCACUCCUAAUUUGUUCAACUUCCGUUACAUGCGCAAAAUUUCCGCUUUCGGUCUCAAUUUGACUUCAACAUCUUCAAUUGUUCGACUCAAAUAGUUGCCAAUCCACGUUGUGCAUGGACCACAGCGCCCAACUUUUGGUCUCUGUUGCCGGCGCAAUCGACGAUUGAGUGGACACCAAGUAUACCAGUACUUCUUAGCAACCUUGUUAAUCCCUCUUGAGAACGCAAAUUGCGACAGAAAAAAGAGAAACAAUAUUGCGCGCUUCAAAGCGCCAUUGAUCUGCGACUCCUGCAAGCCUUCAUUUUCUCUCCCUUGACUCGCGGAGUCGGCCUCGAGCUCCCUCGAACCCCCCGGUCGCGUAUCCUCGACCUUGUGAACUUCCAAAGCUCACCUCUAGUUCGGUUACUUCGUGCUAGAGCCUAGCACUCUACUAGCUAGUCGACGAAUGCGCAUUGCCCGGGGUUUUUACCCAGAUUUGACCUACGACUCGCUGCGACUGGUCUUGAUGCAAUUGUAAGAGCUUAGGUGGGCCAUCUUCAACCGUCUUGUCUCCGCAUCGCAUUCUCCCCGCUACAAGGCCGCCGUGACGCGACUGAGAAAGCAGAAGUCAUUCAGGUACCAACAGCCCAAAGUCAUCUUCGCUUCUGGCGCCAAAAAAUCAGCCCUGCAUUUUUUGCGGUGACCAGAGGAGAACAAGGCGAGAGUUCAAGCUUCAAGACUCAGGUUGUAACUUUGACGACACCAUCGCGAAUCCCCUCGCAGCAUGUCAGACUGCGCCGUGCCCUCCGCCGUCGCCCCUCCAAGACCUCAUCUCACCCGAAGCUCUUCGAGCUGAAGGUUGGAGCUCACAAAGCUUCACGACGGACGCCUGGUUCCAUACACACGACAAUAGCGAAACAGCGAACCUUUCCUCUGUCCCACAAACUUUUGUAACUUUGCGAUAGCCUGCGCUCAGGCUCGUUUUUCGAGUGAUGGAUGUUGACAACGAAUAUUCAGACGCUGGCAGUCAACGACAACCCAGUGCUGAACACACGCCGCAAGGAGCUACUGCGCAGGUUGGGGGAGCUUCCUCACAAGGGAAUCCUACCCCCACCUCAGUUCACUCCUCCAAUACGCCCUCGACUGCAUCUGGUCCUGCAACAGCCAACGUCACCCAUACACAAAACUCGAAACGUCGCCGAGGGCUGGGUGUUGUGACGCCCAAUGCCUGCACAGAAUGCCGCAAGAAGCGCGCAAAGUGCGAUGGCAAAAAACCGUGCGGACGAUGUAGAGCACAGAAAGAUGCCGAAUGUGUAUACGAGAUUCCCGUGCGCCAGUCGAAGGAGAACCUCCGAACCGAAAUCGAAACUCUUCGACAGAAGCAGCGUUCGAGUGACCAAGUCUUCGCUGCUCUUGUCCGACCAGAACUAUGGGAAGAGGUUUUAACCCGCCUUCGGGGCGGCCAACCCAUCGAAACCAUUUCAGAAUGGCUCGCAAGCGCACCACGCCCUGGGGAGCGUUCGAUAUCUUCGUUUCCUCCCCGUUCCGAGGCGCCUACCAUGGGCCCUAACCCGGGGUUCCCAGGAGGUGGACUGGGUACAUUGGCAGCCAUGAGCCUUGGUGCGAACCAUCAACAGCCACAGCAGUCUUCCAUGAGGCCCGAGAUGGGUCAGCAUAGUCCCUGGCAAUCUUCCUUCAGCCAAACCGGAUCAACGAGGAGCAACUCACAUCCCGACGUCAUGAACUGGCAGACAGAUAUGCGAGGACCGCCACAAAAUCGAGUUGGGUCUUGGGCCGAAGGGAUGAAUCCAGAUCAAAUCUCGGACGGUCUUCCACGAUAUCGUGGAGUUGAACAGAUCCUGUCACCGUUGAAUGAACCGGGGCUGCGAACACCGUCUUCAACCUGGACCGUGAUUACCGGCGAUAGCGUUCUUGUUCAACAUCUUCUGGCGUUGUAUUUCUGUUGGGAGUAUCCAACAUUUGCGUCCCUGAGCAAAGAACACUUUCUACAGGAUUUCCAGGAAGGACGGAAUCGAUAUUGUUCACCGAUACUGGUGAAUGCCCUUCUUGCAUUGGGGUGCCGCUUUUCGACACAGCCCAUGUCUCGAGCCAAUCCCAACGACCCUUAUACGUCUGGCGACCACUUCUUCAAGGAGUCAUUGAGACUAUUUGCCCAGGAAACGGAUCACCAUUCCCUUACAACUAUCCAAGCUUUGGGGAUAAUGUCGAUCCGAGAGGCUAGUUGUGGGCGAGAUUCAGAGAGUUGGUAUUACGCUGGGCAGAGUAUUCGACUCGCCAUUGAGAUGGGACUUCACCGGAUAAUGGACGAAGGAGAUGAAGAUGAACUCGCUGUGCAGUCAGCAACCUUCUGGGGUGCUUUUGCGCUUGACCAUGCAUGGUCCCUCGCCACAGGCUCAUUACCGCAAUGCUCCUGCUUCCCUCACCUACCACCAAAGCCUGCGAUAAUAGGAGACAUCGAAGCGUCUCUAUGGGUGCCUUACACUGACGAUGGCGCUCCCUUACAACGCUCAUGCCAACAACCGUCUAACGUGCGUUCCGUAUAUAAAUGUUUCUGCGAACUCAGCGAGCUCGUACACCAAUCUCUGUACAUUCUGCAUUCCCCCGGCAAACCCCUUACAGCGAGAGAACUUUUGAACAUGUACACACAGUACCUCAAUUGGUAUGAUCGCAUACCUGAGGUCCUUCGCCUGGGGCAUAAUUUCACCCCAGCUGUGCUGUUCGCUCACAUGUACUAUCAUUUUGCGAUCCUACUCUUGUUCCGGCCUCUAAUCAAGCUACGGAUCAUUGGAUCCAAGGUCUCACCUCGCGAUGUCUGCUCACAGGCGGCCGACGCCAUUCAAGGCCUUCUAAGAUCUUACUCUUCACUCUACACCUUGCGGCGAACGCCCUCGUUCGUGCCAUAUUUUGUUCUCACAUCAGCCAUCAUGCACCUAGCGAUUGGUGCAACAACUGUCGGCUCGGAUACGACCGAGGCGGAUAUGGAGAAAGCGGUCAAGGUGGAUCCUCGUGUGGCCGAAUCCAUCACUCAAGGCAUUUCAGAUCUCACUGAGAUGGCUCCUUGCCACCAAUUCGCUGAGCAGGCUCUCAACAUACUACGUUAUUUGGCCGCAAAGUGGGACAUUGAUGUCGAAAACAACGUCGAUAAGCUCACAGCGGAAGAGUACGACCGUUUGGUCUUGCCGCAUACGGGGAGUCUCAACUUCUUCUCGCCCAACCUGAGGGACGGAGAUAUUACGUGCCAAUGGGGCGCGGGACCAUUCAUGGGAGAACGAUCACCUUCGGUCCAGAAGACAGGAGACAAUAUGGAAAACCCCCUUUUCUGGCCUUUCCCGAUGCAAGGACGGCCGAUUCUUCCUGAUGGUGUUGAGCUGGAACAUGCAGGUUUUGCGAUCAUAUAGAAGGUUCUGGUCGUCUUUCAGUUGUGCAUCCUGCUUAUAUAUAUCGAGUCCGUACACGACGACAGGUAUCCCGGGGUUUUGGUCGGUGUUCUUACCAGGCGAAAUGGGGUCAAAGGCAAAGGAAUGCGGCGGGCAUUUUCCGGCGAAAGGGGGCUUUGGUCUGUGGAGUCAUUAUCGCGGGUUCCAAAAGCGAUUUGUUAUGAGGUGUACCAACACUUGUGUAAUAGAAAAGAGUGAUUGCAUGAUAUCAUGGAUCUUGGUCGAGUUGUUGCUUUUGGUGGGAGGGUUUGAUACACGGAAUACCCUGGAGAGGAAUAAAAUCGCCAACUCUGUCCAUGCAUAUGUUUGUUCUUUGAGGCUUGUGGUUGAUGAUGAG